AUGGAAGAAAAGUUAAAUGAAAUGGAACAAGCUGGUAUCAUCACAAGGACAUCAACGCCUUACAGUAGUCCAUUGACAUUCACUCUUAAAAAAGAUGGCUCAAUUAGAGUUCUACUUGAUGCCAGAAGCAUAAAUAAGAAAAUGGUUGCAGAAACAGAGAAACCACCUAUACAAUUAGAUGUUUUGAAUUCAUUUCACGGAGCGAAUUAUAUCACUACCAUUGACUUAAAUAAUGCAUAUUUUCAAAUUCCGAUAAAUAAAGAUGGUAGAAAAUAUACUGGAUUCACAUUCAAUGGAAGGUCACAUGUAUAUAAUGUUCUGUCGCAAGGAUUAAAAACAUCAGUAGGAAGCUUUAGCAGAGCUAUGAAUUUAAUAUUAGGACUAGAAGUCCAAGAAUUUUGUGUGAACUAUUUAGAUGAUCUAGCCAUUAUUACAACAGGAACGUUAGAUAAACAUUUGGAGCAUAUUGAUAUUGUUUUAAGUAAAUUGAACAAAGCUGGCUUAACGAGCAACUUGCAGAAAUGUGAAUUUAUUUGUAAAGAAAUUAAAUUAAGUUUUAUAAUUUCAACAGAAGGCAUAAAGACAGAUCCCGAUAAGAUUCGAGCGAUCCAAGAGUUUCCAGCACCUAAAAAGAUUAAACAAUUAAGGGCCUUUUUAGGUCUAUGCAAUUUUUAUAGAAGGUUUAUACCAAAUUACAGCGAGAGCAUAAUACCGCUCUGUGAAUUACUUAAAAAGGGACGUAAGUUCCAAUGGAGCGGUAAAGAACAGAAGGCAUUUGAUUUUAUAAAACAACAAUUUAUUAAUACAAUACAAUUGCAUCAUCCAGACUUUAAUAAGCCGUAUUAUUUACAAACAGAUUGCUCCGGUGUGGGUAUGGCCGGAGUACUAUAUCAGAUAGAUGAUAAUAAUGAAAUGAGAAUUUAA